AUGUAUUUGCUACUACAAACCAUGAACGAAGGGAAAAUAUGGAUGGAAACUGACGAACAAGCUUCUCUUGCUACUGAAGCACGAAAUGACGAUCAGAAACUUGCAUCAUCAUCAACCAGCAAUGAAGGAAGCACAAUUCUUCCCUCCCACUUUUCUCCUGGAGAAUACGAUAUCAUCUGCGCAAGAGGAAGCCAUGUCAAGAAGCAUCCUGGAAAUAAAUUUUACCAAUCAAUAAUUGAAGAGGCAGCUCCCCGGUAUGGAGCCUCGCAGGGAAAGCUGGCAAAAUCAAUCAUUGUAUCCGCCAUCAUCGACACAAUACGAGGACUCACUCCACAGGGUGGGUUUGUGAAGCCAGCUGGCCGACAAUGGAUCGAAAUCGGCAAUAAGAAUGCCAGAGAGAAGGUUAGUCAAGCCCUCAGGGAUCAGCUACAUAGUCAAUAUCGGUCCAGUGCAAAAUCCAAAAGGGAAAAGAAGGACGAGGCCAAUGCCAGAAUGAACGACAAUUUGGAUGCAUUCGUCCAGUCAAACCAGUUUGUAUCGGAUAGGAUGUCGACUCUGACAAAUGCAAUUGAGAAUAAUACACAUACUCAAUCUGAUGCAGAACUGGAAGAACUGAUGAGUCGAGUAAACCUAGAGAUUUUACACGAACUGAGCGGAAGCCGCCACAGUGAUGAGCCUGGAGUUUCGGAGCCUAGGGAGGGUGGCCUCGAGGAACCCAAGACACAGAAGUAG